UAGAAUUAAAAUCAAAUCAAAGUUGUAGUUGAUUUGUUUUGCCGCUCUAAAGAAAUGAGAAACUUAAGUUAACAUUAAUGUGGUAUAAUUUCGUAUAGAUUUCUAAAAUUGUUCUGCCAAAAUGGGAGAUGAAAUAUUGCAAGAAACUGAAUGUACCCAAACUCAAACACAGAAAUCGCAAGUAGAUUGGAGCCAGCCUAACACUCCAUCUUUUAUACCUGUAAUUUGGGGCCGGCUUUAUUCAACACGAGUGUCCUUAAAUGAAAGAAACUGUUGGAAAGACACCUGUUUAGAUAAUCCUCCAUACUACGAUUUAAUACAGCCUGAAUUUUCCCUUGGACGGUCUUUUACCUGCACGUUUGUUAUGAGGAAAGAAAUAAUUAAUGAAAGUAUAGUCAAAAGUGUUAGUAAACAACAUUUUAUCAUUAAGAGAAACUUAUCGGAGCCAUUAAGCCCAGCUAUUAUAACAGACUUGUCUUUUAAUGGUACCUUUAUCAAUGGUAAAGCUAUUGGUAAAGGUUUAAGCAGAGUCCUAGAUGACAAUGAUAGAAUAUCAGUAACUCAUCCUAAUGCUAAAAUAUUCAUUUAUAAAGACUUAUUGAAGAAUGAACAAGAUAAAGUUCCUAAGGAAAUAUCUAAAAAGUAUUAUAUAUCUAGAAUAUUAGGACAAGGGGCUUGUGGUCUGGUCAAAUUAGUGUAUGACAAAACAAAAUGCACAAAGCAUGCAAUGAAGAUAAUUAAAAAAUGCAGACUAACAAAUGGAGAAGUGAACAAUUUGACUGACCCACAGAGAAUUAUGAAUGAGGUUAAUAUCAUGAAAGCUUUAAGGCAUCCUUGCAUUGUAUCAACAGAAGAAGUUUUUGACACAAGCGAUACUGUAUAUAUUAUCUUAGAGCUCAUGCAGGGCGGAGAACUGUUUGACCGAAUCUCCAAAUAUGGGCAACUGUCGGAACAGUUAACAAAGUUCUAUUUCCGACAAAUGGUGGUUGCUGUAAAAUACUUACACUCUCAAGGCAUCACUCACAGAGACCUUAAACCUGAGAAUGUGCUAUUAGAGAGUAAAGAUGAAGAAACAUUGGUAAAAAUAACAGACUUUGGACUCAGCAAAUAUGUAGGCGAAGAUAGCUUUAUGAAAACUAUGUGUGGAACACCUUUGUAUUUGGCACCAGAAGUGUUGCGAGCAAACGGACAGAAUUGUUAUGGACCUGAUGUUGAUGUAUGGAGCUUGGGAGUUAUAUUUUUUGUUUGUCUUGUUGGUUACUUGCCAUUCUCUACUGAUUACAAAGAGUUAUCAUUGAUGGAUCAGAUUUUACGAGGCCAGUACAGAUAUUCAAACAAACAUUGGAGCAAGAUAAGUUUGCCGGCCAAACUGCUCAUGAAGAGAAUGCUGACAGUAAAUGUCAAAAAUAGAAUCACCCUCGACCAAAUACUUAACCACACCUGGAUGCAGGAUUCAAUUACUCUAAUGAAAAUAGAAAGGCUCUUAAUGCAAGCUGCUCAAGUGAGAGACUUCGAUCAAUUAACAUUAUCAUCACAGAAUUCUGAUGAAGAAAAUAACAAUUCUGACAAAGUGACAGUUCUUAAGGUAGCUGUUGCCGGAAAGAGAGGAUUGAGUGACAAUUGUACACCGUGUGAACCUAUUGCAAAGAGACUAAGAAUUGAUGCAUGUGCUAUGACUAGGAUUCAAAAAGAUGAUAUAAGCACAACCAACAGUUGUUCUUCAACAGAUUAAAAAUGACACAGUAUUAACGAUUGCAGAUUAUUGUUUAAGUGCUAUUUGUAGAUUAAGUGAUUUUAUAAAUUACUUUUAUCCCACCGUUCUCAGUUUGUGACUAAUGUGAAAUAAGUGUGUGUUAGUGAAUGUGCUCAUGAUAAAUUGGUACGGAGAGAUGAAGAAGCAGAACUGUGAGUGCCAAUUUUAUUAUUUUUUUGUCAUUUGAUAAUUGUAAAUGUUACCACCGACAAUAAUUUUUAUUACUAAAUGUUAUGUUUAAUUAUUUAAUUUUUAAUAAAUUUGAAUGACUUAAUGUAAGAAACUUGU